AUGGACUUUCCGGAGGACUUCCUGUUGGAGGAGCUGAGUCACCUGCCGCUCUACAACGAAUCUUUGUUCCAGAACAACUUCAGCGGCGUCUACAACGAGACGGACGCCUUACUGCCCACGGGAGUAAAGGCCACCAUCGUGGUCGUCUACAUGAUCGUCUGCGUCAUCGGCCUGGUGGGAAACUUCCUGGUCAUGUACGUCAUCAUCAGAUAUACAAAGAUGAAGACGGCAACUAACAUCUACAUCUUUAACCUGGCGCUGGCAGAUUCCUUGUUCUUGGCUACUUUGCCUUUCCAGGGCACCGAUGUGUUCCUCGGCUUCUGGCCAUUUGGAAACACCCUGUGUAAAGCGGUGGUGUCUAUCGACUACUACAACAUGUUCACCAGCACCUUCACCCUGACAGUGAUGAGCAUGGACAGAUAUGUGGCCGUCUGCCACCCGGUCAAAGCCCUGGACAUGAGGACUCCUCAUAAAGCCAAGGUGGUGAAUAUCUGUGUGUGGGUACUGGCCUCGGCCUUUGGUGUUCCGGCAAUGGUUAUGGGAAAUGUAGAGGAGGAACAGGAGCAUAACAGUGUGGAGUGCAUAGUGGUUUUACCUGAACCCAGGAGUUACUGGGACCCGGUCUUUGGUACCUGCGUCUUCCUCUUCUCAUUCCUGAUCCCCGUGGCCAUCAUCAGUAUCUGCUACAGUCUGAUGGUCAAGCGCCUUCGUAGCGUCCGCAUCCUCUCUGGCUCCAAAGAAAAGGACCGAAACUUACGCCGGAUCACUCGAAUGGUCCUGGUGGUGGUGGCGGCCUUCGUCGUCUGUUGGACCCCCAUCCAGAUCAUGGUCCUGGCUCAGUCCCUGGGCUUCAAUCUGAGCAGCCUGUUCACGUUGGUUCUGAUGCACUUCUGCAUCGCGCUGGGCUACGUCAACAGCAGCCUGAACCCGGUGCUCUACGCGUUCCUGGAUGAAAACUUCAAGCGAUGCUUCCGUGAGUUCUGCAACCCGUCGCCAUUCCGUCUGGACACGCAGCAGUCGGGCCGGAUGAGGAGCAUCGCCAGAGAGGUGGCGGCCGCCUACAGCUGCAAGGCCGGAGACGGAGGGGGACCCGGAGGUGGGACGCCGAAUCCAGCAUGACUAGGCGUGGAACUCCCCUUGGUGGGAGUGGAUCCACCACAAAGGGGAGAGACUCCGGGGACAGGGAACUCCAACACAGAACUGACCCAGAUCACAGCCCUCUAGCGGCACGAACCCUCCCG